AUGGGCAAAGGCACCGAUAAGCUCUACAUCACACACUCUGAGUGGUCGUCGUCAGACGCCUUCUCCGCCAGUGUCGGCGCAAACGUCGGCUCGCGCGGUCGCAGCCAUGGCUCUUCCAUCCGCCGCUUGCCCUUCAACUUCUGUGCCGCGAGCCUCCAGCCCUUCAAGAAUCCCGUGUGCGCCCCCGAUGGCACCGUGUUCGACAUCGAGGUCAUCGACGCCUGGCUCGAGAAACACCCGAACCAGAACCCGGUCAACGGCGAGCGGCUCGAGAGGAGAGAGCUGAUCAAGCUCGUUUUCGCUCGCAACUCUGAAUCCGACCCGUCCGGGACCGGGACACUUGUUGAUCCUGUCACAUACAAGGUCUUCACAGACAACACACACAUCGUCGCCAUCCGCCACGGCACCUACGCCAACGUCUUUGCGUGGGAGACGGUGGAGCGGAUGAACAUCAAGGCCAAGAUGUGGCAGGACCUGGUGGACGAUGAACCGUUCACUCGCGCCGAUAUCAUCACGAUCCAGGACCCUCAAAACGCGGAGAGCCGGAGCGUCGACCAGUUCAAGUUUUUGAAGGAUGGCCAGCAGGUUCAGCGAACAAAGGAGCAGGAGGAGGCUCGCAACGGCGACGGAAACAUCAACACCGGCGCUCUGGGGAAUAUAGGAGACAAGGUGCUCAAAGCCAAGGCGGCCGUGGACAAGGCUCGCAUGGCAAGAGAGGCCGGGGCCGACGUCAACAGCAGUCGAGGCGCCUUGUGCAAGUCCUCCUCCGCCGCCGCCGGCGGCCAAGCCGCUCGCCUGCCCGCCAUGGCGGCGCAGAAGAAGAAGCUGGCGGAACAGUCGGCCGCGUACACCACAGGCAAGGCCGCUGCCAGUUUCACCAGCACGGGUCUGACACCCGAGACGAGCGGCGAGAGGGCGCUGCUAACGGACGAGGAGUUUAUGCUCAAGCCGAAGCGCGUCAAGACGAAGGGUUUCGUCCGCGUCGAGACCAACCUGGGCAACCUGACGAUUGAGCUGCACACGGAUACGGCGCCCAAGGCGGUGUGGAACUUUAUCAGGCUUGCGCAAAAGGGCUACUACAACGACGUUGCCUUUCACCGGAACAUACCUGGCUUCAUGAUCCAAGGCGGCGACCCAACUGGUACGGGAAAGGGCGGCAGCAGCAUAUGGGGCAAGCAGUUCAACGACGAGAUCGAGGGGCCCCUGACGCAUAACGCGCGAGGAAUAGUCUCCAUGGCCAACAAAGGCAAAAACACAAACUCGUCACAGUUUUUCAUCACGUACAAGCCAGCACCGCAUCUCAACCACAAGCAUACCAUUUUUGGUCGCAUCGCUCCGGGCGACGACGCCGUCCUGACGAGAAUGGAGGAUGUGCCCACCGACGGAUCCAACAGACCGCUGAACAAGAUUUCCAUCAAAAACGUCGUUGUCCUAAUCGAUCCGUUUGAAGAGUUUCAGGUUCAGCGCAAGGAUGAGGAGCUUCGAGAGGCGCAGAGAGAGGAGGCUCGAAGACAAGGGGGCACCGAGGAUGACAAAACAACGUGGACGGGGAAGAGGAUCAGGAGAGAUGGCACGAUAGAGAGCGCAGGCGGCAAGGAGAGCGUGGGCAAGUAUUUGCAAGCCGUUGCUGGCGCAGUCGACGGCGGCGAUGCAGGAGCCGAUGACGUGGAUACGUGGGGGGAGCCGCCCAAAAAGAAGCUCAAACCCGGCGGUUUUGGAAACUUUGACAGCUGGUAG